UCCAUGCAUAGACUUACUGGUCCUAGCUUUGAAGUCCCUUUCUCUAUUUAAACAACCCUAAACUGCUUUGUCUCUCUAAAAACUGAACUUAUCUUUCUAUCUAUCCAUCUUUCUUCUUCUGUCUCUCAAAUGUACAUGAAAAUGGAAGGGAUAAGUUUCAGAGGGCUCACAUUUAUGUUUGCGGUGGCAUUUCUUGUCUGGUCUUCCAGUUUGGAGGGCUGCCAUGGAAGAGUUAGAAGCAAGCAUUAUUGGAGGCAGAACAGAGUGGCUUCCCCUGCUCUCUACUCCAAGAAAGGGAAGGCUCACAGUCACGGUGGUUCUCAUAAAGGCAACCACCAUGGCAGUGCAUCAAAGACAAAGCCACGACCGUCUCAUAAAACGCCGCAACCACUGCCAAGGCCAGUUACUAAGCCGAAACCAAAUAUCCCUCGCAGUCCGCCGCCCCAGAAGGGGGGCCAUUCUUUCAUGUUUAACGUACUGGAUUUUGGAGCUAAAGGCGAUGGAAAAACCGAUGACACUAAGGCAUUUCAGGACACAUGGACAGCCAGUUGCAAGGUGGCAGCAUCAACCUUCAUCGUCCCAUCAAAAUACGUUUUUUUAGUAGGUCCCAUCUCCUUCUCUGGUCCGUACUGCCAGCCCGAUAUCGUAUUCCAGUUGGACGGGACAAUCAUUGCACCUACGGACUUCAAAGUUUGGGGAAAAGGCCUAUUGCAGUGGCUACAAUUCACAAAGUUGAUGGGACUUACUAUUCAAGGAAAUGGAGUUAUUGAUGGAAGGGGUUCGGUAUGGUGGCAAGAAAUUUCACCUUAUGAUGAUCCUAUUGACGAUGAAUUCAAACUACUUAUCCCACUAAACAGCACUGUACAAGAAAAGCCACCAGCCCCGGCAAGAAGUGAGCUUGUAGGAAAGAUGCCUAGGAUCAAACCAACUGCUUUGAGGUUUUAUGGAAGUUUUAACGUUACCGUCACUGGCAUAACAAUACAGAACAGUCCUCAAUGUCACCUCAAGUUCGACAAUUGCAUUGGAGUCUUGGUUCAUGAUUUUAAUGUUUCGUCUCCAGGUGAUAGUCUCAAUACUGAUGGAAUUCAUCUGCAGAAUUCCAAGGAUGUGCUAAUCUACAGCUCUACACUCUCUUGUGGUGACGACUGUAUUUCAAUACAAACUGGUUGCUCAAAUGUGUAUAUACACAAUGUCAAUUGUGGCCCAGGACAUGGAAUCAGCAUUGGAAGUCUGGGGAAGGACAACACAAAGGCUUGUGUUUCUAACAUCACAGUCCGGGAUGUAAUUAUGCAUAACACAAUGAAUGGUGUCAGAAUUAAAACGUGGCAGGGUGGAUUGGGUUUUGUACAAGGAGUCCUCUUCUCAAAUAUUCAGGUUUCUGAGGUUAAGAUACCAAUAGUUAUAGACCAAUUCUACUGUGACAAAGCCAAAUGCUCGAACCAAACUUCAGCUGUGGCUUUAUCAGGAAUAAACUAUGAAAGAAUACGAGGUACUUACACAGUAAAGCCAGUACACUUUGCUUGUAGUGAUAAUCUGCCAUGUACAGAUAUAUCACUAACUGCAAUUGAGCUCAAGCCGCUGCAAGAACUCUAUCAUUUAUAUGGGGCCUACUGCUGGCAAACUUUUGGAGAGUUGAGAACUCCUACAGUACCACCAAUUGACUGUUUGCAGAUUGGCAAGCCAUCUAGCAACCAAAUUCAGUAUGAUUUUGAUUCUUGUUGAGUGUGAAGUCAAAAAUUAUUGGUGUAUUCACUUGUGUGGUUGGCAUGAUUUUCCAACCCCUUUUAACACCAUGAACCUAUGCUUUGUACAUUUUAGUAGUCAUGGUUCAUAAGAUUACUCUGUAAAAGUUAUAGUUCAGCCCAUUGAGAUACAGGCAUGUUGUUUUGGCUAGAAUGCAGUAGUAUGCUGUUUUUUUUUCCUUUGUCAUUGUACGCUUCAUUGGGUGACUUUAUACUAAAGGCUCUACGAAGGUUUUUAAUAAAU